UUGGUUGAAAUACACAGCAGUUAGGGGGGAACCCGACGGCUAGUGGUUCUCUGUGUUUGGGGAGGAAGUGAGACAAUGUUACCUUUAUGGAAAGAAAUCUUAGAAUUAUGUUCCAUGGAUAUAUGGCAGAAAGAAAGUUCAACUUUCUUUGGUCAUUUUUCUGAAAAAACAACUAGAAAAUAUCUUUGGAAUCUCUGACGUCCAUAUGGCUAUGUAUGAUGAAGAUCUCUGGAAAAAUCCUUUUUACUUGGCUAUUCAGAAACGUCGUCCUGACCUUUGCAGGGAAGUUGCAGAAUUCCAUGGUAUUAUAUUAGUACCGUGCAAAGGGAGCUUUUCAAGCAGCAGUCUUUCUACCUGCCAAUUUGAUUCGUAUGUUUUAAAACCAGUGGAAGAAAAAUUUCAGACCUUAAAUGGAAAGGAAAUCUUUAUUCAGGGAAACUUGAUAAUUUUAGGAACUGGUUUUAAUCAUCAUCUCUCAGUACCUGUUCUCUUUGAGGAAACAUUCUACAAUGAAAAAGAAGAAAGUUUUAGCUUAUUGUGUAUAGCUCAUCCCCUGGAAGAAUCUGAAAUCUUAGAAGAAUUUAAAACCUCAUCAAAAUCUUAUUCCCUGAAAAACAUUGAGGAUGUGAGAGAGUUUUUGGGAAGACACUCUGAAAGAUUUGACAAACACAUUGCAUCUUUCCAUAGGACUUUUAAAGAACACGAAAGAAAAAACCUACGACAUUACAUAGAUUCUGUUAAUGCACUUUACACCAAAUGCAUCCAGCAUUUAUUGAGGGAUUCUCACUUUAGGAUGCUUGCAAAGCAGGAACCGCAGAUGAAUCUGAUGAAACAAGCAGUUGAAAUGUAUGUACAUCAUGAUGUUUAUGAUCUGAUCUUUAAAUAUGUGGGAACUAUUGAGGCAAGUGAGGAUGCAGCCUUUAACAAAAUUACAAGAAGCCUCCAAGAUCUCCAGCAAAAAGAUAUUGGAGUUAAGCCUGAAUUCAGCUUUAAUAUUCCACGUGCAAAGCGAGAAUUGGGUCAGCUGAAUAAAUGUACCUCCCCACAACAGAAGCUGAUCUGUCUUCGAAAAGUGGUGCAAAUUAUUAUGCAGUCUCCUAGCCAAAGAGUUAACAUGGAGACCAUGUGUGCAGAUGAUCUUCUCUCUGUGUUACUGUAUCUGCUAGUAAAAACAGAGAUUCCUAACUGGAUGGCAAAUUUGAGUUACAUCAAAAACUUCAGGUUUUGCAGUUCAGCAAAGGAUGAACUGGGAUACUGCCUGACCUCUGUUGAGGCUGCUAUAGAAUAUAUCCGACAAGGAAACCUCUCCGACAGACCAACAGAAUCUGAGAGGGUUAGUGACAAGUUCUUGAGACAAAGAAUGAACUUGCUGUCCCAGAUGUCCACAACCCCGAUAGAUUGCUUGUUCAAGUAUAUUGCUUCAGGUAACCAGGAGGAAGUGGAACGAUUACUAAGUCAAGGUGACAGUGAUAAAGACACUGUACAGAAAAUGUGCCACCCACUCUGUUUCUGUGACAAUUGUGAGAAACUGGUUUCUGGGAAAAUGAAUGAUCCUUCCAUUGUCACUCCGUUUUCCAGAGAUGACAGAGGAUACACACCACUUCAUAUAGCUGCUAUUUGUGGGCAAGCGUCAUUAAUUGACCUGUUAGUUUCCAAAGGAGCUGUAGUCAGUGCUACAGAUUACCACGGUUCAACACCUCUUCACCUUGCCUGUCAGAAAGGAUAUCAGAACGUUACACUUCUUUUGUUGCACUAUAAGGCAAGUACAGAUGUUCAAGACAAUAAUGGCAAUACUCCACUUCAUUUAGCCUGCACUUAUGGUCAUGAGGAUUGUGUCAAAGCUUUAGUCUAUUAUGAUGUACACUCUUGUAGACUAGAUACUGGUAACGAAAAAGGAGAUACUCCCCUCCAUAUAGCUGCUCGUUGGGGCUAUCAAGGAAUAAUAGAAGUGCUGCUGCAGAAUGGAGCCAACCCAGAUAUUCAGAACCGUAUGAAAGAGACUUCCCUGCAGUGUGCAUUAAAUUCCAAGAUUUUAUCAUUGAUGGAAUUAAACUACGUAACGUUUGAAAGGGGACAGAGUGCUUCUGAGUCUCCAGUUAGAUCUCCUCAGCAUUCGGUAGACACCUUCAGCAGAGGGUCAUCUGUUUCCAGCUUGUCAUCAGCAUCAGCAGAUACCAGACAAGAAGAAGUUAAAAAUAAUUACAAAGAGAUAGAAAAACUCUUACGAGCAGUUGCUGAUGGAGAUCUGGAAAUGGUUCGCUAUCUUUUGGAAUGGAUGGAGGAAGACAUAGAAGAAGCAGACGAAGCUGACGAUACAGUGAAGCCAGAGCUCUGUCACCCAUUAUGCCAGUGCUCAAAAUGUGAGCCAAUACAAAAGAAGCUUGCAAGAAUCCCUGCUAAUGGACUUGGAGUAAAUGUUACAAACCAGGAUGGCUUUACACCACUGCAUGUGGCUGCACUUUAUGGGCACCCUGAGUUAGUCUACCUUUUAUUAAAACACGGUGCCAAUAUCAGUGCAAAGAAUAUGAACCAUUCCGUACCUCUUCACCUGGCUUGUCAGAAAGGUCACUUUCAGGUAGUAAAGUGUCUAGUGGAUUGCAAUGCUAAACAAAAUAAAAAGGAUGUACAUGGAAAUACUCCCUUAAUUUAUGCUUGCUUGAAUGGCCAACAUGAGAUUGCUGCCUUGUUGUUAGAGCAUGGGGCCUCUGUUAACCUUUCUAACAGCAAGGGAAAUACAGCACUGCAUGAGGCUGUGAUAGGAAAACAUGAAGUCUUGGUAGAGCUGUUACUUCAGAAUGGUGCUUCGAACUACAUUAGGAACAAAAGGCAGUGUACGCCUCUGGACUAUGCUGAGCUGAAUUCAAAUAUCAUGAAGUUGCUACAAACAGCACCAAGCUAUGCACCAACAUCAGCGGAGGGAGGAGAAACAGACUAUGAGCAGCAUGUUACUAUCAAGAUCAGGAAAAAAGUAAAUGUUAAGUUACCUGAGACAGCAGAUGAUCCCAUCAGCAGACGACUUCAGCUGGUCCAAUCAAUCAACAGAUUUAACAAAUCAAAAUAUUUACGGAGAACAAUAACAAGAGAUAAAAGUGUCCCUAAUUUUGAUGAUGAAUUAUUGCAUCAGUUAGCUAUUAAGAGCUUUGAUAAGACCAAGUUAAAACCUAUUCAUCAGAUGUUGGACCAGAGCAAAGUUAAGAUUAUUGAUGCAGAAAGCUAUGGUGAACCUGUGAAACAGGAUGAUGUGAUAGAUGCUCCUCUUAGAAGUAAACUAAUGCACCGAAGACAUACAGUUAAUGUGGCACUUUCAGCAGAGAAUGUCAGUGACGACAGUGAUUUAUCCAACACAAGAAAUCCAAGUAUUUCACUGUCAAAAGACUGUUCUGGUGACUUGCUAUCAAAACACUAACAAGGAAGUGUGAAUUUGCUGUCAAAAACUAAAGAACCAGGUGGUGCCAGUUUCAAAAUCCUCCUGCUGGGCAUUAAAGAAUUAAAUGAAGCUUAGAAACUGCUUUCAAAAAUGGAUCAUAAAGAUGAAUCUUUAGCAAAGGCAGAAUGUUCCCGUAUGGUUUGCACUUUUGAAGACUGAAUCCUCUGUUUAUCGUGGAAACCCCUCCCCAGCCAAUUUGUGACUGAUUUCAGGAAACUGAGACAUAUUGAAAUGUCAAAGUAUUUAGACAGAAAGAAGUAGUUGUUUCCCAUUCCACUUUCAAAGCACUUAUUAAGAAAUUACUUAUAACAGUAGAGGAGAGAGGCUAUAUGGGUACUUUCUAGCUACCUACUCCUGUUUUUUAAAAGGCAUUGAAUUGUUUUUUUCUUUUCAGUUUUGUCACUAAAUUGGUUAUAUUAUAUUUAUUGCCAGAAGGAAUUCAAAAGUCUCUAUUUUUAUUAUAAUGCUAUGAACCACUAUAGUGUUUGUUUAAUAGCCUUUUAGACAUUAAUGUAAUUUCUGUAUGUUGCAACUGGCUGCGCAAACAGUCCAUAAAAAUCUACAGUAUGAUGUAAAGACCUUUAAAUGAGAUGAACAUGAACAGUAGUAUCCUGCACUCCCUAUAUAGACAAAGCGCCCACUGAUUUCAGUGGAACAUUUACCUGCAUAGGGUCUGUAGGAUCAUGUACUACUGGGAAUGAAAAAGUAAAAUGCUCUUGACACAGAACAGCUUUGGACUGAAGAAUGUUCAGAUCCCAAUUAAAAUAUUCAUGUCUGUGCAGAAACAGGCAUGCUUAACACACACAGUUGGCUUUUCUCCCUGAACAAAUCAGACAAAGCUACACACAUUCACGCUUCUGCACGAAGCCUACAGCUACUAGGUAAGUGAUCUGGCAGGGAAAGUAAGAGUUUGCAGAAACUGGCUGCAUGUUAUCCUAUUUUAAAAGGUGAUAUUUUAAAGGAUGCUCAUACAUAACUAGAUGGAAGCUUAGAUGUGGAACUUAACAUGUUUUCAGUUUAAAUUUUCUUUAAAAAAAGUGUGAAUUAAAAAGACUGCAAUAGCACAAUUCAGAUUCUUAGUGAUAGUUUUGGUUUACAGGUGGUCACAUCCAAUUAACCUUUUGUUUUUUAUAAAAUAGUAAUAUAGACCAUUUUGAUUUUUUAUGGUGAUAUCAGUACCAUGCUUAGGGCACUGUGAAAUUGGAGGACUUUCCAUGUGAUUGUUUUCAAAUAGAUUUUUAAUGAAAGAAGUAAAAGGUGCAGCCUGUGAACACCACUGAAAAAACUCUAAGAUGAAGGUUGCAUGUAUAUUUUUCUAAAUAAUUUGGGUUCAUUUGAUUUGUGCCAAAUGUUGGAAAAGAAAAAUAGUAAAAGUAAUGAUUCUUGAAAAUGUUCUUAACUUUGACUACUUAUUUAAAAACUGACUCCCUUUAGCACUUUCUUCUCACUGUUGGUGUUGUAACUUAGUUUGACUAUUUUACUUUAAGCCUAAGGAUGGUUUAAUUGAUCUUUUGGAAUAGUUACAUUAAGUUGGGAUGGCUUCCCCUUCCCCACACCUUCAUAUUACCACAGAAGAAAUGAACAUGCUUUUCCCCCUUUCAACUUUAUUCUUUAACCUAAUAUAAAGGCCUGCAUAUAAAAGGGAAAAAAAAGUUACAGAAGCAGUUGGAUUUAAAUGGGAUAUUUCCUAUUUCUAGGUGACUUCUAUGUAUGUCCUUCCCUCUCUGCCCCAUACUGUACAUUCUAGUUAUAAACAACUUGAGAGAAAGGAUGAGCCUGUGCUUAAAUUACAGUAGGAGACAUGGACUGUACUUUUGGUUCUCAAAACAGACUUUGAAUGUGACCUAUGGAAAAUCCUUUAUUGUCACUCUAUGUAAAAUUGGAUUAAUUACCUACGUACAUAGGGUUGUUUCAUGGACAAAUUUUCUAUAAGGUGCCUGGAGAUGUUUAGCUGGAAGGUGCAAAGUAUCAUUUGUAAAUUUAAGAUUAAAAUAUGGGUAAACUUAUUUAAAGAGAAAGCUUAAGCACAUUUUUAUAAUUGAUUUGUGGAGAUUAACUUCAGUUUUUAAUUACAGCAUUCUCUUAAAAGAUUGCCUAUCUACCUGCUUCAGUAAAAAAUGAAGUUGGAUAAUGAGAGAGUCAGUUAAUUAGAUGCUUAAUAGUUAAUAUUACCAUCAAGUAUAAAGAGAGAUAUGGAAGUAAGAAUUCAAUGCAGUAUAUUAAACAGUCCAAGUGUAUUUUAUUAGGUAUUAUAAACCUAUUAUGCAGACCAGCCUUAGCAACAAGAUUUGUCAUGCUGUUUAUUCAGUAACCUCUCCUUUGAAAAAUAUAUUAAUAAUCCUGCUCUUUUACUCCUUUGGGAAAAAACUAGAGGUAAAUCUAAGUGGAUCUGAAAUUAACUAGUUAAAGCUUUUUAAAUGUUGCUAGUACUAGAUGUAACUAACAAAUUUAAAUACAGUACAAUACUUACUGCAAAAUAUUUCAAUGCAAUUAAUAAAAAAACUCCCGUAAGUAUUUGUAAUAAGCUUCAGCACUGAUAGGUUUUUUUGGUUUUGGCCUGAGUCUGAGCGAUUUCCCAAUCACUGUCUAACUUUUCAUUUGGAGGACACUGCUUGCAUCUUCAGCCUUGUCUGUUGGGAUACUAUUGCGAUUGUCUCCCUGAAAGCUUCUCAAAAGCCCUCCCCUGUAGAAGUGAACUUCUCAUACUUCCAGUAAUAAGUAGGCCUGAGCAUGGGUAACAUGGCUGGAUGGUUCAAAACUGCUACAUCACUUCAGUUAUCAAAACAGGGAGACACUAAAAUGAUGUGCAGAUUGAACAAAGUGAUGUUUGACUAGAACUGCCCAACCACUGAUUGGUUGGGGUGAAGUUUUUUAAAAAACCAAGACGACACUUACGUUAAAUUCAAGGUCAUCCAUCCAUCCUUUCUAGUGCAAUACAUACAGCAAAUCACACUGAGCAAACCAAAACUCCCCCCACUACAACUGUCCCCCAAAUACUUCUUCAAAACAAUGGAUUUGCACUAUAGUCUGCAUGUGGUCAAGUUCUUCUUGCUCUGAAACAGCAUGUGUGAAUUCUGAAGUCAGACUGUUCUACUUCAGGGAGAAGCCCCCCCCACCAGUUCCUUCUUUGCUGUUACUAUGAUCAUACAUGGCACAGAGAAGGGACGGUCCUUCAAGCAAGCAGGUUCCAAGAUAUUUAAGGCACUUUUUUUUUUUAAUAUAAAACCUAUUUUUUUCAGCUGAAAUGUACAGGUCUGCAAGAUAACUACUGAUAAGUGUCAAACAUCUAGUGAAACAGAUAUAUCCCACUCCAUUUAUAAGCACUAUGAGAAACAUGACUACUUCAGUCCCAAAAUGACUCAAAGCUUUGCUGUUAUGAAGCAAACUUAAGUUGUGAGCAAAAGGCAGGGCCUGCUCACAGAAUCUGGCAAGAACAGGACUGAUAUUGCAGAAAUAGAUAUUCCUAAGCAGUGCUAGGCACAAGAACACACACACAAAGACAUUCCAGAAGGAUGGUACCAGAAUACUCCAUACCAAGUAUGGUACAAACACCUCCCUGAAAAGAUAAUGAGAGCACACUGACCUCUCAUAAAGAUAAGGUCAGGAUGACAAUAUGAUGGAUAUGAUCAAAUCAUUUAUGUAAUGGAUGGUAACAACCCAUGUCAUGGAGCAGUAACGAAUCACAUCAGAGGGGCAAUAUAUAACUUGUUUGCGUUGAUGUAUAAAAUGAAGUCUGAGGGAAUGUCUUUGGCUGGCCUAGGGGAUAAUGGAAAGUCCUGCCAUUAAUUGACCUAGUCCAUUGCAACGGUGUACCUGUACACUAGGACCAUGCUUCAGUGACAAUAAACCUGACAGUUCUUUCACUACAAACAGGUCUGUGGUUAUUGGGCAGUGCAAUCAAGGUCUGCUGGACCAACUGUCUGUGCAGAGCUGAGACAGCACACAAAAUACACAUGCAGCCGAACCUCUAACAACAUCUCACCACACUAAGCAGUUUCACUCUUCUGAUAUGUAAGAAAAUGGCCCAAACUAAAUUUAAGUAAAUUCAGUAGCAUCUUAAACUCAUCUAAUGGAAGAUCCUCCUUUAGUAAUAACAAGAUGGUUAAUGUUGAGAAAGAUGGGGAGCAGACUUAGAGCAUUUUACACAGUUUACCAGGAUACUCUACAACUGCAGACUAAAGCCUGAUAUCACGAGAUUCAGACUGUACUGGGUUUUCAUAUCUGACUUAUUUACAAUGAAAAAGUAGACAUUAUUACUGCAAAAGCCAGUUUGCUCUCUGAAAGGAGUCAAAUAAUUUUUUUAAACAAGAAGGCUUUUCUGUUAAUUUCUCACUGCACUAAAAUUAAAUGGUUGGGUUUUUAUUAAUAUGAAGAGUUGCACAGAGGUAUCACCUUUGUAGAAGCUAAUUGCUAUAGCCUACAAUUGAGUGCCAUUUUAAAUAAGGAAGUUGGUAAUGUAGACUGCAAGUUAAAAAUACAACAUUGGCAAACACUAGCUGUAGUAAUCAAAGUUUUGACAAUAUUCACACAGAUGGAAAAGAGUCACUACUGCUCCCACUUUUUUAAACAAAAUUUUAAUCAAUUCCAAACCGUUACAGUUGGAAUAGUGUACACUUUUGCUCUUAAAUGAAAGCAGAAAACAGCUCUUCUCUGGUAGUGAAGUCUCUCCCCUUUUCACUUCCAUCUUAUCACACAAGAUGUAAUAGUAUUUGUACCACAAAUUUUCAAACUGUAUUUUCAAAUAAGAUAACAACACAGGGUCAGUUUUACUUUAUGCAUGCAUGUCACAUGGAAUUUAGAGCAGGGGCCUUUCCUUUUUUGACAAAAGGAAACUCCAACCAUUUAAUAAAUAGGAGAAUAAAGAACAUGUGUUACCAACUAUCUGACGAGUUGUAUUACAUUAUCCAAUUAAGUUUCAACCACAACUGUAUAUCCACUCUACUCAACUUUUUAAUCUCAUUCUGCAGAGACAGACAACUUGACAGUUUCCAGAAGAAACUGGUUCAAUCAAACUAUAUGCUAUGUACAAUUUCAUCCAGCAGACUACAUGGUAAGAUUCCACUCAAAGAACCACCUCUCUUUUCACCAACUUGUUCAUCAGCAGUUCUAUUCUGCAGACUCCAACAAAAGUUUCCACCAGCCAUAGUUUGACAACCAGUAGAGGUAUUGGAUAAUCCCUCAACUAAAGGAUAUCUUGUUUCUAUAUCAACUGUUGUGACAGAGUUGUCAUUCUUUCAGCCCCUACAGGCUUUGGCUGUUUGAACUUAAGACUCUUUUAUUGCCCUCUCAAGACCUCUCUUAUGGUAGCAACAACUUACAGAGUGGCAGGUGCUGAUAGGAUAGCUUACAUGCUGAGUAGGACAAAGGAAAGUUCAUGCU